UAAAAGAUAUUUAGUUAUAAGUUAUUCAUUGAUUUUCAAUUAUACAAAUUCUCGGUUUCCCGUUUAUACACAAAAAAAAAAACCAAAAAAAAAAAACAAAAUCUUAUAUAAAAUAUGGCAAAUUUUCUGCGUUCUCUGGCAUUACAAGGACAACGACACAUGUGUAUGAUAAUGCGUCAAAAUUUUGCUAAAAACUGUGAACAGAAGCUUAACGAUCAAAUCAAUAUGGAGCUAAAUGCAUGCCAUCAAUAUUUGGCCAUGGCCUAUCACUUUGAUCGCGCCGAUGUCAGUUCACCGGGCGUACAUAAAUUCUUCCUUCAGGCCAGUGCCGAGGAGCGUGAACAUGCUGAAAAAAUUAUGACCUAUAUGAAUAAACGUGGUGGCCUAAUUCGAUUGGAAGGUAUUCCCGAACCGUUGCCAUGUUUCAAAGACACAAUGGCAGCUCUGAAACAUGCUCUCAAAAUGGAAUUGGAAGUCAAUCAAAGUUUGCUCGAUCUACAUGCAUUGGCAAGCAGCGAGAAUGAUCCCAAUUUGUGUGAUUUCAUUGAGGCGAACUUUUUGCAAGAACAGGUCGAUGGACAAAAAAUAUUGGCCGAUUUAAUACGUCAGCUGGAGCGAGCCACAACCGAUGUGGGGGAUUAUCUAUUUGAUAAAUAUAUACAAUCGGCCGCUGCAUCAGGUGGUGGUGCCUUGCAUUCGGAAAAGGAUAUUCCCCGUCGGUGACUUUAAGUUUUCCCAUUUCUAUAUAUUUCCUUCUUUUUCUUUUUUUAUUUAGCGUAAAAGAAUAAUCGGUAGUUUUUUCUUUUGGCCAGUAUUAUCAAUUGCUAGACUAUAAAUAAAAUGGCUUAUCAAAUAUGUA